CCCCAAUUUAGAUUGAGUCCAACGAAUUAGUCAAACACUUGUAUCUUUUUAUUUUCCAAGUCAUCUAGGUCUUGUCUUCAUCUUCUGUUCCAAGGUUUCUAAUCAUAUGUGCGAGGGAGAAUCUGUUUAACACAUUUGGGGGACAGAUCUAUAUUUGACCCACCAGCAUAUUCAAACGCGAAUAAUCACAAAGCUCUGUAAUAUAUUAUACAAAAGCAUCCUAAGCCAGAACAUGGAGAUCUUUCAAUGGCUCUUCAAAUUAGGAAAGGAAGUACGCAGAUCAGAGUCAUCCUCAUUCAACUGUAAUGCUCAUGAAGCCUCUACAACCCUAACAAAUCGCAGAACAAGAAAGUCAUCAACAAGAGGGUCUAAACAUCAAAAACAGAGGAAUCACAGAAAAAUCUGGUUAUGGUGUCAAAAAGAUGUAGCUGAAGCUUGUUUCUAUAGCACACUGAAUUUAAAACGACUUGGUAGCUUAAAGAGAGAACAGUUGCUUCGCGCCAUGGCAAAAAUGAAGGCACAAGUAGCAGAAGAAAAAGAAAUGACAUUGACAAGGUCUGAUCCGAAAAAGGCUAUCAGAGCCUUGGAACCGGAGAAACGCGAAGAAAGCAACAAAGACAAGGUUAAGAGCGAGCAGAGCAAAUCUAAGGCCACACUUUCAAGGAUGAAGGAGCUUCUAAGAUGGGCUGCAGCAGCCAAAUCCGACAAAGCUGCCAAAUUCUUUACCCCUAAGAUAAUGGAGUUACGAAACCGAAGAAAGUUGAAGACAAUGAGAGAGACGAAUGAAGAAUCAAAAAGAAUGAGUAGUGCAAGUAUAAGUUUUAGAUGGGAGAGUAGUGAGAGUUGCAAAACUUUCUCUUCUUCUGAUCACAUGUCCAUAGUUUCUGCCCCAGCAAACUUUGAUUCCUUGGGUCCUACGCCACCUUAUCGAUGUAGGUCCAGGAAAGGCAACUGGAUCACUACUGAUUCUGAAUUUGUGGUGUUAGAGUUAUAAAGAGAGGAUAGAUGUGGAUGGUGACAAUGAUGAGUACAACCAAUUGAUUCCUUGGCUGCCAGACCAUUUGUGAUUAAUUAAUAAUUAUUUUUUCUGUAGUUUCAACUUUUAUUAUAUGUACAUUUUAUAUAAAACAUACUAGAAUGAUCGGUCUAUGUGAUGCGUAGACAUGAGAAAGUAGUUAAUUGCUAUUUUAAAGUUUUAUUA